AAAGGAAGCUACGCCACUGACAAUUAUGUUAAUGCAGCGGAAGUUUGAAAUACGUACCCUGACUGCAUCGGAAUUGGAGAAAUGGUGGGUGACGGAAUUACGAGACGCGCUCUCAUAGCGUUCAUCGUGCUUGCAUCAGUGAGAGGCCAGGAUGUACUAUGCCACGACAGGCUACUCCCCUCCGUACCAGACGCGCAUAUCACCGCAUCAAGCAGCAACGUGGCCAAUCAGCCGAUAACGUCUCCCGCGAGAGGGCGCCUGAACACUACCGAAACUACGUUGUCGAAUGGAACUAUCGCCAUGGGAGCGUGGGCGCCCGCUGUAGAUCAACACGGGGAAUAUAUUCAGGCGAUGUUUGAUGAGGUAACCAUGGUGAACGGUGUGCUUACUCAAGGCCGUAACCAAGGCAACGAUCACGUCACCUUGUUCAAGAUCGAAUACACGGAGGACGGCACCACGUGGAAAACCAUAAACAACGACCUGGACGUGGAAGAGAUAUUCACGGGUAACUCUGACGGCGACUCGGUUCAGUUCAAUGAGCUUCCUUGCCCCUUGUUCGCCAAGGGGAUCCGAAUUAUUCCGAUGGAAUGGAACCAACACGUGGCUUUGCGAUUUGACGUCAGCGGGUGUUACAUUGACAACAGCGGCGUCGCUCCAACAAAUACCACCCAGUCGUUCCUGCCCGGCAUUGUUACACCAUUCGGCCUGACGACUCCAUCAACUGCUUCCGGUACAACCAUAAACCUUAUAACACUCAUUCACUGGUUCAUGACGCAUCUCAGCAACGCAAGCAGUACGACGACACCAGUAUCCGUAAAACACACUCUCUCCUCAACAACAACAACUACUACACAACUGCCGACGACGACAACUCCCUACGUGUUCCUUCCCGGUAUUCCGGACCCCUUCGGGACAACCAAGAGGCCCCAGUCGAGUCUUGUUGGAUAGGCCGACAUAUGUCAUAAUAUAGACUAUUGCAAAUAUGGUAUUGCCAUAAUUUUGUUUGAAACGAUAUAUGGGUGCAAAUACAAAUCGUGUCAUUGAAAA